AUGAGAUAACUUUGGUCUUCAUUGUUGGGAUGAUGGGCAUUGGAAAAACUACUUUAGCUAAAAGUGUGUAUGGAGAUCGACAAGUUGAAGAUUAUUUUGAUGUACGUGGGUGGAUUACAAUGCCUCAAGAAUACAACAAGAGCCAAAUGUUACGCCUCCUUCUUCGUUCAAUUUUACCUGCAGUGGAAAACAAAUUUGGAGAAGGAAGUGCUAUUCCAGCUGAUAAACUUGCAGAGCAGGUAAGGACACAAUUGCGUGCCAAAAUAUUUCUAAUUGUAUUGGAUAACAUACACGACAGUCGAGCUUUGCAUGAUAUCCAAAGGUGUGUUUGUUGCGGUGAUCCUGGGAGUACCAUACUGCUAACCACUGGGAACUUCAAUCUCAGAUUCGACCCUAUCUACUAUCACCAUCAGUAUACCCAUUACAUGACUUUGCUAGAUCAAAACCAAAGUUGGGAUCUAUUUUGCAAUAAUAUGAUUUCUCUUAAAGGCCGGGUGGCGCUUGAAUUUGUGAAAAUCAAGAGUCAUAUUGUAGAGAUAUGUGAUGGACUACCAUGGUCUAUUGUUGCAGUUGCAGAGCGUCUGGCUAAAUGUCAUGACAUAUUAAAGGAGUGGGAGAAGGUCAAAAAGGAAAUGGAGUCACUGGGAAUUCUAGAUCACAAUGUUCUCACUUUCCAUUACAAUCAAUUGUCGGAACAUUUAAAAGUUUGCUUUUUAUAUUUUGGAGUCUUUCCAAAACGUAAAGAAAUCCAAGUUAAAAAGCUUAUUGGUUUGUGGAUUGCUGAGGGAUUUUUGGAGCCAUUGGAGCAUGAAGAGUUAGAAAAUCAAGGUUAUGUGUUUUUACAAGAACUUAUUGAUAGAAGUCUCCUCUUAAUAUGCAAUAAAGGUCGUGAUGGCAAAAUUAAGACUUGUAGGAUGCAUAGUGCCUUGCAUAGCUUUUGUGUUGGAGAAGCUCAAAAAGUAGGUAUUUUUUGUGCAGUAAAUACUCUGCAACAUACUGCAUUGUCAUUAAGCGAGUUUGCAAAUUCAAGUCGUUGGUUAAGUUUAUAUACACAUAGUUUUGACUAUUAUGUGUUGUUUAGUACAAACAAACCUCGCUCCAUUUUUUUCUUUGAUGAUGAUCCUAAAACUUUUGUACCUUUCAAGCUGUUAAGAGUUUUGGCCUUUGUUCCAUCUCCAUUCCUCCAAAGAGUGUCAAUGCAUUCGAGGCAUUUAAUUUUUUUGAGAUACUUAUUUAUAAGUCAGAGGUUUGAGGGGCUAGGUAAUAUAGUGUCAAAUAACCCGAAUUUACACACACUUAUUGUUUCCAGUGAUGAACCACAAAUUGGAGCUCCUACAAUUCAUUUGUCAUCCACAAUUUGGCAGUUACCACACUUGAGGCAUCUUGAACUUGGCGAUAUGUAUACAAUAGAUGAUCCUGCAAGCAUGGUUACAAUGACGAAUUUGCAAACAUUAUCUUUGGUGAGCCCAACUCAUUGCGGAAGGGAAGUGCAUUUCAAUUUUCCAAACAUAAGAAAAUUGAAACUUUUUUAUAAAGAAGACUUGGUGCCCAGUCACAUUGGCAGUUCUUCUGGCAAUCCCAUCACUUUGUAUAAUUUGGACUAUUUGGAAUGGCUUGAAAGGCUAACAAUUUCAAUUUCGAUUGGCUGGAUUGUAACCCUUCCUGAAAGGUGUAUGUUUCCUUCACAAUUGAAGAAAUUAAACUUGAGUGGGGCUAAACUUUCUCAAAGAGAUUUAACGGCAAUUGGAAUGUUGCCGGAGCUUAGGGUGCUCAAGCUUGAAAAUGCCUUAUUGGGAAGAGUGUGGGAAGUAGCUGAAGGAGAAUUUCGUAAAUUAAGAUUCUUGCUAAUUGAGGAUAAAAAACUCAAGCAAUUGCAAAGUAAUGAAGCAUACACUUUAUUAUGUCUUGAGCGUCUAGUCCUAAGAUGUUAUUGUUUGGAACAAAUCCCAUUAAGCUUUGUUGGUCCCAAGUUGAAGCAUAUUGAGCUGGAUGGGUGUAACCCUUCCAUUGUUGCUUCUGCCAAGCAGCUCAUGAUUAUCAAAGAUUUGUACGGUCGAGUUGAGAUUAAAAUCCAAGGGCAAGGGGCAGGGCCUGAAUAUAUAGAAGAUGUUGAAAAGGCAAAUUGUGAGAUAAAAAUGGAGGAGAAGGGUGAAUCAUGAGCAGGGGCAGGGGGGCAGAUGGUAGAGGAAGAAAUUGGAGUUGGGAAAUUGAAGUCUUA